AUGACCACAUGUCACAGUUUCAAAGGCGUGAACAUUCAGCAUUAUGACUGCCUCCUCUCCCCCUCCCCCCCCUCUCAAACCUACUCACCCUCCUCUCCACUUCCUCCCCCUCUCUCCCCUCCUCUCUCCCCUUCCUCCCCUCCUCACCCUCUCUCCCCUUCCUCCCCUCCUCACCCUCUCUCCCCUUCCUCCCCUCCUCACCCUCUCUCCACUUCCUCCCCUCCUCACCCUCCCCCCCCCCCCCACUAG